GGAUCAAAGUCUACUGUAAGGACUGGCUCUGUUACCUUAGUUCAGUGUGUAUGGGCAGACUGAUAGGGAAAAAAAAAAAAACUUUGCAUACUGCUGCAUCACCCAGCAGACAGCCCUUUGAAUAUCCUGUCUCCCUCUUUGCCUGCCUGUCUGUCUGUCUCUCUGUCUGUUGUCACUGAGGACAAGCAGGAGGGUGGACUAAAUCUAGACAGCUACAUUACAACAGGCUCCACUAAGCUGGGCUGUCUCUAUGUGGACUCCAGCCAGACACAGUUAGAGUCAGAGGGAACUUGUCAAUGACUGGUCCUGCAGUUGUGUGGCUUGAAACUUCGAGCUUCAUAUUAAAUGACAGAGAGAAGAAUCGGUUCCUCUUUGCUGCAGGCUCACCCUCCAGUCCCGAUCACUUCUCUUUGGUGCGACAUUUCUCAUCUUUUUUUUUUUUUUUUUUUUGUAUAUGAUUCAACUAUUACCAAUGAGCGCAAGUCGCAGCUUGUGUGAAGUUGAGCAGCAGCAGAAGAAGCAGAAGAAGAAGAAGACCUUUUAAGGCAGAGGACAAAGUUGGAUUACUAUCUCUGCGUGUUGGAUUGUGUCAUCUGUUUAAACUAAUCGUCUGUGAAGUUUAUUCUACCGGAGGAAACUAUGACUUCGGUAUGGAAGAGGCUGCAGCGCGUUGGCAAAAAGGCUUCAAAGUUUCAGUUUGUUGCUUCAUACCAGGAACUUGUCCUGGAGUGUACCAAGAAAUGGCAACCGGACAAGCUGAGGGUUGUGUGGACCAGGAGGAACAGGCGUAUGUGCUCCAAGCUCCACAGUUGGCAGCCUGGCAUCAAGAACCCGUACAGAGGCAUGGUGGUGUGGCCGGUCCCAGAGAAUAUCGACAUCUCUGUUACGCUCUUCAAGGAUCCUAAUGCUGAAGAAUUUGAAGAUAAAGAAUGGACGUUUGUCAUUGAGGGUGAAAACAAGGGCCAUCGUAAGGUGCUGGCGUCAGCGGACAUCAACAUGAAACGGUUCGCCAGUCCCACGCCGACCCAGACUGACCUGACGCUGAAGCUGAAACCACUGUCUGUCAAAGUAGUCGAGGCCACACUCAAGCUGUCGCUGUCAUGUGUGUUUGUUCGUGAGGGAAAAGCUACUGAUGAAGACAUGCAGAGUCUGGCCAGUCUGAUGAGUGUCAAACCCACCGAUAUUGGUAACCUGGACGACUUCAAUGAGAGUGAUGAAGAGGAGGACAAGAAGUCUAUCACUGCAACAGUCGUUCCACACACUCUAACUCGCCCGAAUCGCCCUGCGCCUCCUCCACCUGACCAGCGUCCUUCUGCUGCUCCAGCCUCAGUUCCUGUUUCAUAUCAACGGCGCCCCCCAGAGGUUCAAUCUGCAGAUGAACUGGCCUCAAUUUCUGUCCGCUCCCAUAUUUUCAAACCUCAGAUUGUGAAGUCGAUUGCCCGUCCAUCCUCUCCUUCACCUUUUACUGUUGAUGCUCCUCCUUUAGCUUCUGCACCAUCUGCUCCUAAAUCUCAGCCUUCUAGCUCUCAGUCAGGCUCAUCAUUACCAUCAAGUCAAGUUGAGAAGGAAACACUCCCUGUCACCAAAGAAACAAGCAAAGAUCUUCCACAAAAUAAACAAGUGGGAGCGAACAUCAGUAUAUCCACAGAGCCAGUCAAAUCAGGCCAGGACUCAAAGGCAGCCGUCACGGAAGGCAAAGCUGAACAAGAAAUUAUCAGGCUAAUAGGCAAAUCAGCUGACCUUGUUGAUGGUGGAGAGAAGACACUCCCUUCACACCCUGUAAAGGCCGUUAGUAAACACACCAAUGAAACACACACCAGUGAUACACACACUUCCAGAAAGCCAGCAGAAACUGACAGCAGCGUCACUCCUUCCCAACCCUAUGAGAUGAAUACGUCAAGACUUCCCACAUUACCAGAGGAAGAAACACCUGACCUCAAGACUGGUGAUGCUGUUGCGAUAGUUAGAGAAGAAACUGAUGGGAAAGAUGACACCACAGAGGACCUGGUGAAUUCCAGUCAGUCGUUGCUACAGUGGUGUCAGGACAUCACCAAAGGGUAUCGGGGUGUAAAGGUCACCAACUUCAGCACUUCUUGGAGAAAUGGACUAGGUUUCUGUGCCAUUCUACAUCACUUCCAUCCUGAAAAGAUAGACUUUGACACGUUGGAGCCUCAUGAUAUCAAGCUCAACAAUAAGAGGGCGUUUGACGGGUUCGAGGCGCUGGGCAUCUCUCGUCUGCUGGAGCCAUCCGACAUGGUGCUUCUGUCCGUCCCCGACAGACUCAUCGUCAUGACCUACCUCAGCCAAAUCCGCUCGCACUUCACCAACCAGGAGCUGAGUGUUCUGCAGAUAGAGCACAACAGCAGCCAGUCCAGCUAUGGCCUGGCACACUCUGGACCUUCUCCAACUGAUGCAGAUGCUGCUGCUUUCUGCAUGGCAAGGCUGAACGAAGGAGUCAGUCUGGAGGAAGGAGGAAGCAGCACGCUGGUCGUCCCACCACCAAGGGUCAAACGACCGACUAAAGGGGAGGAGUCAAUAACCCCGGUUGCACCCCCAAGAGCGAUUAACAAGACGGUCAAAUCUGGACCGACUCAGGAUGAAGCUACACUAACUAACUCUGCAACAAAAAGCACAAAUAAUACAGAAUUACAAAGUGCAUCUGAGACCCAGCCUCCUAAAACAGAAGAGGAGACAAUGUGUCUACAGGACACCAGUCAGUAUGUGGUGAGUGAAUUGGCGGCGCUGGAGACGGAGCAGAAGCAUAUAGACAGUAGAGCCGCUGUGGUGGAAAGACGACUGCGAAGCCUCAUGGAAACAGGAAGUGACCGUUCUGAAGAGGAGCGACUGAUCCAAGAGUGGUUCACUUUGGUGAAUAAGAAAAAUGCUCUGAUACGAAGACAGGACCAUCUGGAACUACUGCAAGAAGAACAGGAUCUGGAGAGAAGAUUUGAGCUCCUGACCAGAGAACUACGGGUCAUGAUGGCCAUCGAAGACUGGCAGAAAUCGUCCACUCAGCAGCAGAGGGAACAGCUGCUUCUCCAAGAACUGGUCUCUUUGGUCAACCAGCGGGAUGAAAUCAUCAGAGACAUCGAUAAGAAGGAGAGAGUGGCACUGGAGGAGGAUGAGCGUCUGGAGCGUGGUCUGGAGAUGAGGAGGAGGAAGUACAGCAACAAAGACAAAUGUGUUCUUCAGUGAGAAGUGAACAACACUUCUCUGAUGUUUUAGUGCCUUUGUUUUACCCAGAGAACUGGAUGUAAUAUUUUUCUCAGCAUAAAAGCCUCAUCCCAGAGGCAGUUAUGGAACUUUUUCAUUAAAAGUUUCAUUUUUUGUCUGUCUUAAAAUAGUAUUUUGAUCUAUAGCCUAUUUUUAUUUAUUAAAAUUAUGUGUCCGAUUGUUGUGAUUUCAUUGCACAUAUGUUUUUCUUUAUUUUUUUUUUUUUUUUGUCUUUUUGUGUUUCGAUGUAUAUUAUUUCCUAGCCUAUUUAGUACUCAAACACCUGUUUUUUUGUUUUUUUUAAAAGGUUCCUUAGUUAUCUGGGAUUAGGGCUAAAAUGUGCCUUAUAUUUGGUUUGAAGUUUGAUCUAGAGAUCUCUUGCAAACAUUUGAAGUGCAUUUAAAACAGAAAAAGAUAGUUUACUGUUGUUUAUAAUCUGCACACAUUAAAAUGUUAUUUCUAGUGGUAACCAUAUUACAUUUCAGAAGAAGAUCCACACAUAUAAGAAAAAUAUGUCACUAUGUGAAAACAUCUCAAAAAAAAAAAAAAAAAAAAAAAAAAAGAAUGUGACAAAUCAUGAGCUGGACUCAAACCACAUCUUAAUGAGUACCAUGUUUUCAAGGUGACAACCCCCAAUGAUUAUGACAUUAUAGUAAAAUCAGUUCCAUUUAUUGCUGCAAAAUAUUUGACUGUAGCUCUUCAGUAUUUCUUCCUAAAUGGAGUCACCAUCACUUGUGUGCACAUGAAAGAUAU